AUGACUCAAAUCGUGGCUGAAAUGGCAUGGGAAGAACACUUAGAUAAUGCUGAAAAAAUUCGCAAAACUGUUACCGCGAAUCGUAUUACUGAUUCAAAUAAUAAAAUAACAAACGACGAAUCUAUUAUUAGAGAAUUGGUUAAUGAUGAUGACAAUGAAAAUGGGAAUCUUGAAGAAUUAACUACAACUUCUUAUAAUACCACUAAUGUGCAAAAUUGUCAUCCAGCUGAACACGAAGGUUCAAAGAUUGAACUUCAAUACCUUUUUAAGCAUGCUUUAUCACAACCUUCGUUUGUUCGUACUCUUCAGCAAGACGUUGAGAAUAAUUUUGUAUUUUCUAACAAUUAG